GUGCGGGGAAGCACUUCUUUUUUUUUCAAGGGGCCUGCUUAUUGCCAGAGUUGUCAAAUUAAUAAACUUUUUUUUUCUUGGGUCAUAAUCAUUCUUAACCCAACAUGUCUAAUCUUUCAAAAUUAGUACGCUGCAUUACUUCAGGUGUGACCAGUCGUACUGUCAGCAAGCAACCUGUAGCAGCAUCUCUAGGCGUCUCUGUUACCAAAAGAUUUGCCACAACCGUGACAACCGGUUAUCAAGCACAACAGGACAAAAAUGACAUAUUGAAAGAAAGGGAAAGACCACAGUCGAUGUCUUAUUUCACUGGAAAUUAUAGAUAUAAUGAUCUUAUCAUUGAACUUUCCUCACUUUAUAAGCGUUUCGAAAAAUGGGAACCAGUAAAGACAACGCCAGAAGUUACUGCAGAUAAUGUGGAUGCAUCUCAGGAACAAACGCAACAAGUCUAUUCAUGGAAACUUCGUGAAAAAAUGUCAGAGACGUUAGAUAUUCCACUUACAACUUCUCAAUGGAGAAAAAUUACCAAUCAUCUCAGUGCAUUAGCCUCUCUACCAAAGCCUUUACCACCAGCUGUUGUGAAAAUACUUGAACCCUAUCGUCGACACCAAGUUGAUUUAGCAUCCAAAAACAAAAACUCUCAAAAGUUAGACGAUUGGGGACGUGCUUAUGGAUUAGGACGCAGAAAGGAAUCAAGCGCUAGCUGCUACCUUGUAGAAGGAGAUGGUAAAAUCCUAGUAAACGGUAUGGAAUUGGAAAACUAUUUCAGAAACAUUAACGAUAGAAAUGAGGUGACAAUGCCACUGGAUAUAACGGAAUUGAAAGAUAAAUAUAACGCUUGGGUGCUGGUGAAAGGAGGGGGUACUACUGGUCAAGCACAAGCAAUUAAACUGGGUAUCAGCAAAGCAUUAUUAGUGCAUCAAUCACAUCUAAAGCCCGUUUUACGUAAAGCCGGUUGUGUCACUCGUGACCCAAGAGUUGUUGAACGUAAAAAGGAAGGCCAAAGAAAGGCUCGUGCAAAGUAUACCUGGGUCAAACGUUAAUGUUUCUGUACACCAUAUACUUCAAUGUUCGAUAUAGUUUAAAAUAUGUGAUUUAAUAAAGAGAAAUGUAUAUAAUAG